GUCGCUAACAACCGCUUCGGAGUCGCCCUCCCGAGCGCCGGAUUGGGCUGCUUCUGCCGCUAUCACUCCUGUCCGGUCCUUUAAUCUUCACCGCUGCCGGUUCGCUCGGCCUGGCCGUCUCGCGUCUCCACCACUACCACUGCCGCCGCCGCCAUCAUGUCGGGGGGACUCCUGAGCGCGCUGCAGAGCGACUCCUACGUGGAGCUCGGCUGGUACCGCGACCAGCACUUCCGAGGUAAAAUGGACGACCAAGAAAAGUUACUCAAGAAAAGCUGCACGCUGUACGUCGGCAACCUGUCCUUUUAUACCACGGAGGAGCAGAUCUACGAACUCUUCAGCAAGAGCGGGGACAUCAAGAAGAUCAUCAUGGGCCUGGAUAAAGUGAAGAAGACCGCCUGCGGCUUCUGCUUCGUGGAGUACUACUGCCGAGCCGACGCCGAGAACGCCAUGCGCUACAUCAACGGCACCCGCCUGGACGAUCGCAUCAUCCGCACGGACUGGGACGCGGGCUUCCGAGAGGGCAGGCAGUACGGCCGGGGCCGGUCCGGCGGCCAGGUGCGGGAUGAGUACAGGCAGGACUACGACGCGGGCCGGGGGGGCUAUGGGAAGAUCGUGCAGAACCAGUGAGGGCUGAGAGCCCCGCCUGUGUAACAAACACACACACACGAACAGAAAAGACCGCCCGGCCUCGAUGGGUCUGAAAACUGCCGACUGAUCGCCCAACUCUUAACUUAUUCCCCUGCUUCUGCACAAGAACGGAGCAGGACACCUUUGAUUUCCCCCCACGCCGAAAAGUGAUUAGGUGACAAACAGAAAAGUGGCUUUGGCUCCUGGAGUGGGAGCCUUGCUUGAGGUCUUGCAAGUUUCAACACCCGAGGAUGGUAACUGAGCAGUAUCAGUUAAUUCGGUCUAACAGCGUUUUCCUUAACCAGAAUUAGGAAAUGAUCGUGUUACUGUUCAUUAUUCCAAGGGUUGAAGUGAUCGUUGAGAGUCCUAAUGCAGCUGUGAAUAAGAGUCGUUGUUACUUCCAAGCUUUUUGAAGAUGUUUCUUGUUUUCCAAGGUGAUUUCUAACCCAUAAAAAUACAAAAGUUAUUGAGUAAUCGUGAAACUGUUCUGCUUCAGUUCUAGUGAUAUGAUUUUUUAAAAUGCCUGGGAGAGCGAUGUAGCUCUGGAGCUAACUGGAUGAUGUGUAAAGAAAUUUGUAAUGAGGAUGUUAAUGGUGCUCGUUAAUCACAUCCUUAAUCUUUCACUGGGAAGCCAGUUCAAGGAAUAUUGUACUCAUGUUAUCUUCCUAAGAAAGGAAGAGAAAAGGAUUUAUUAUGGGAAAUGCCUAAGACGUUGUUGAGGUGGAAUAUUAGGGAGAUGUUCAUUUUUAACUUUGAAAUUUUUAAAAGUUGAUGGAUGCUACAACUGUUACAUUGGGUUUUUUUAUUUUACCAGAAUCAUAAGGGAAUGGGACAGGUUUAGAAUGAAGCUUGGAAAUCAAGGAAAAUAAAACAUUUCUUAUAUGAAAUAUCAAACUUCACUUAAAAGGUAUGAAAAUGGCAGUUUUCUGGUCAAGUAGGACACACCUAAAUGAUACAAUUCUUGGGUAUCACCAUUUGAUUGCUCUUAAGUAACAGAGGUCCAAUUGUGAACCUGAAGUCUUUACUGUACCAUAUUUGUUACAACUUAAAAUUUCAAAGAAUGAAAAGGCAAUUUGAAUGCUGUGUAAACUGCUUACAGCUUUAAAUAUUGUUUUUCCUGAUAAACCUAUUUGACCAUGUAUAUUGGGGAGGAGAGGUUUGAGCUAAUCGCCUUAACUCCAGAAAAUUAGAAAGGGGAUUGAAAAGCUGAUUCACUGCAUUUGAUUUCUUAAAAACCUGGGUGAUUUAAAGAUUAUCAAUUUAAAGAAUUUUAAUCAUUGUGGAAAAAUCAAGGGCUAAAGCUGGUGAUCAGUAAUUAUAAUAUAAGCCUCUCUUUUUCAGUAUGUAGCAUAGGAUAAUUGGGAAUGAAACCUUUUUAGCCUGAACUUUUCUUUUGGAUGUUUAAUAAAAAUAAUUAGUUGAGUUUUAA